AAAAUUCCUUUUCUCUCUACAACUCACUACAGCCACGAUGAAGCAGAGAUUCUCGUCGCUAGACGUCAAGGUUAUCACCCAGGAGCUGGCGUCGGAGCUGGUCAGCCUUCGUGUGUCCAACAUCUACGACUUGUCUUCGCGCAUCUUUCUCUUCAAAUUUGCCAAACCGGACCACCGCCGUCAACUCAUUGUCGACUCUGGCUUCCGCACUCAUGUCACACAUUACUCCCGCACAGCAGCCACCACCCCUUCGCCCUUCGUAACACGACUGCGCAAGUUCCUUAAAUCGCGUCGCGUCACAAGCGUCGCUCAGAUCGGUACUGACCGAGUCAUCGACAUCUCCUUCAGCGAUGGCGCAUACCACAUGUUCCUCGAAUUCUUCGCGGGCGGCAAUAUUAUCGUGACCGAUCGCGAGCACACCAUCAUUUCAUUGUUCCGACAGGUCAAUGCGGCCGAGGGAGAGGAAGCGAAGCUUGGAAUCAAGUACAAUGUUACCAAUAAGCAGAAUUACGCCGGAGUUCCCGAGAUCACGUCGAGUCGGAUCACCGAGACGAUAGAGAGUGCGCAGGCGCUGUUUUCUCAAGAGGCCAAUGCUCCUAAGAAGACAAGGAAGAAGAACACAGACAUGCUGCGGAAGGCUCUUUCUCACGGUUUCCCUGAGUUCCCACCGCUCUUGCUAGAUCAUGCGUUUGCGGUUGUGGGGCUUGAUGCUGCGACCCCGCUUGACCAGGCCUUAGCCAGUGCGGAUAUCCUGCAGAAAGUGCGAGAGGUCUUGGAUGAAGCAGAGAGGGUCUCUAAGAGCUUCGAUGUUGGUGGGAGUCAUGCCGGCUAUAUUGUUGCCAAAGAGGACGACCGAGUGCCAGCACAAACGGAUGGUGAAAGUGGGUCGAAGACUCCAGGACUGUUGUAUGAGGACUUCCAUCCAUUUAAGCCGCGUCAGUUUGAGGAUAAGCCGGGCUUUAAGAUCUUGGAGUUUGAGCGCUUUAAUGCUACAGUUGAUGAGUACUUCUCGUCUCUGGAAUCGCAGCGACUCGAGUCACGGUUGACCGAGCGAGAGCAAGCGGCCAAGCGAAAGCUGGAUGCCGUUCGAGAUGAACAUCGGAAGCGUAUUGAUGCCUUGAAGAACGUACAGGAGCUUCAUAUCCGCAAGGCUGGUGCCAUCGAAGACAAUGUUUAUCGCGUCCAAGAAGCAAUGGACGCUGUAAAUGGCUUGGUAGCCCAAGGCAUGGACUGGGGUGAGAUCGCGCGGCUAAUUGAGAUGGAGCAGAGUCGAGGCAAUCCAGUUGCUCAGAUUAUCAAGCUGCCCCUUAAGUUGUACGAGAACACUGUUACUUUAUUACUUGGCGAAGGUGACGAAGAGGAGGAAGACGAGGAUCCUGAAUCUAGCGACGAGUCCGAUUCCGACUCGGAGGCCGAAGAAAGAGAGGAUCAAAAGAAGGCCGAUGUUGCUUCGCGUAUGCUGUCGAUUGAUAUCGACCUUGGUCUUACCCCCUGGGCAAACGCUUCACAAUACUAUGAUCAAAAGAAGCAAGCGUCGGAGAAACAGGAGAGGACCGCCCAGUCUUCUACCAAGGCCCUCAAGAGCCACGAAAAGAAAGUGACAGCCGAUCUCAAGAAGAGCCUGAAGCAGGAGAAGCAAGUUCUGCGACAGGCCCGUGAGCCGUUCUGGUUCGAAAAAUUUAUCUUUUUCAUUUCUUCCGAAGGCUACCUCGUUCUUGGGGCUCGAGAUGCCAUGCAAAGUGAAAUGCUCUACCGGCGGUACCUGAAGAAGGGUGAUAUUUUUAUCCACGCCGACCUAGAUGGCGCACUGCCAUUUGUGGUCAAAAACCGCCCUGGAAAUCCAGAUGCUCCCAUUUCUCCAAGCACACUUUCCCAGGCCGGUAAUCUAUGCGUUGCAACCUCGGUAGUAUGGGAGUCUAAGGCUGUCAUGGCUGCGUAUUGGGCGCACGCGGCCCAGGUCUCAAAGAUCUCCGAGCACGGUGGUGGAAUUUUACCUACGGGUGCUUUCCAGAUCAAGGGUGAGAAGAACUUCUUGGCGCCAUCGCAGCUCGUGCUUGGAUUCUCUAUUUUGUUCCAGAUAAGCAAAGAGAGUUUGAAGAACCACAAGAUUCACUUUGAUGCUGGCGAAAUCCCGGCUACGGAACCCAAAGAACUCCAAGAUCAGCCUUCUAGCACUUCGGAGCUCCCUGAACAGAAUGAUCAAGUGGAGAACUUUGAGAAUCCAGAGAAACAAGAGAAUGUGUCUGAUGAAGAAGAAGAGGAUGACGAAGAUGCCAACGGACCUGCCAGAAACCCUCUCCAACGUGGCGACUCCGAGCUUCCUGCUACCAAAACAGAACAGUCUACUGAAACUGAGCCUGAAUCGGACUCUGCAGAUGAAAUUACAAAAGAUGAGGAACUAGAGUCUGUGGUCAAGGCCGAGGUAGACCAGGACCUGGCCACCGAGGAGGCAGACGAGACAGAAGAAGCAGAAAACGAAGAAACCGCUUCCAAUGCCCAGGAGGCUCCAACAGAGAAAGACGAGGAGAAGCUUUCGGUCCGAGAGCGACGUACCUUGAGACAGGGUAAACCUAUCGAUCGACCAGGCCAAGCUGAACCAGCACCUACCCGCAUUGCACCUACGCGUGGCAAGCGAGCAAAGGAGAAGCGGGCAGCAGCGAAAUAUGCGCACCAGGAUGAUGAUGAACGUGAACUUGCUCUACGUCUCCUCGGAGCUGGCAAGAACAAGACUGCCAAGGCAGUUGCCGCCGCUGAAGCUAAAGCCAAGUACGAACAAGAAGUCGAAGCACGAACACAGCGACGACGAGCACAGCAUGAGCGAGCCGCUGCCGCCGAGCAAAAACGGCAAGCCGAGUUUGCCGAAGGCGGCGGCGACGACUACAAUGAAGAAACUGCCGCCACUGAAGCCGCAGACCUGAGCUGGCUUCCAGCCCUUGUCGGCACCCCGACUCCUGAUGACGAGAUUCUAGCUGCUAUCCCGGUUUGCGCACCAUGGGGUGCUCUUGGAAAAUACAAGUACAAGGUCAAAUUGCAACCUGGUGCUGUGAAAAAGGGCAAGGCUGUCAAGGAGAUCGUUGGUCGUUGGGUGUUUGAAACUACUACGGGCAAGGUCAAAAAGGAUCACGCUGAGGAUGUGGGUAUUCCUCGUGUUGAUGCUGAGCGUCUUCGCUCAAAGGAGGGUGAAUUGAUUAAGGGGUGGAAGGAUACCGAGGUCAUCAACACUAUGCCCGUGGGCAAGGUGCGUAUCAUGACUGCUGGCAGCGCUGGUGCUGGCGGUGGUGAUAAGGGCAAGGGCCAAGGAGGCGGUGGUAAAGGUGGUGGGGGUGGUGGAAGAGGUGGGAAAGGUUCGAAGAAGAGAUAA